AUGAAGUAUAAUGCCCCCUAUACUGCCAUUGUCGGCCCAUCGGGGAUCGGGAAAAGUUUUUCCAUCAAACAGAUCGCCAAAACGCACGGGGCGUACACAUUGUACGUAAACGUACGGACGGACAAUGGGCAUGGAUAUCCAGCAAAGUCUACCAUCGAGGUCCCGCUGCAAGGUCGGCGGGAGGACUUGGAGCAAGAGUGGGAUCAUUUCUUGCGUUUUUAUCUGGAAAUGGUCCAGCUCGCUCGUGAGAAUGGAAUCACUGCCGGCGGCCUCUUCACUCUGACAAUGGAACAAAAGUACUCUGGGUUCGGCAGCGAGACGACCGCUCUUUUGGAGGGCAGACUGCUGGAAAAGAACGGAGACAAUGACCACCCGGUCGGUUCUCCAAGCAUUGACAUGCCCGUCAUACUGUGCUUUGACGAAGCCCGAACUCUUCUCCAGUCCACUAAAGAUGUGGAAGCCAGCUCUUUCAUGGCUCUCCGCUCAGCGGCAAAAAGGCUUUCAUUUCAGCCACCGGCAAGUUUGGCCAAGUUCUUCAUUGUGAUGAUAGACACGACUUCUAGGAUUACAAAUUUCGUCUCGCCGAGAAUAAGGGAUCACAGCCAAAAGAUGCUCAAUGUCAUCCUGCUUGAGCCGAUCUGGAGGAUCGAUACCUGGUCCGUCUUUGCACAGGCACGGAUGCCAGAGCCCGACGGCAGUGAGACCGCCGUGUCGGAGCUCUUCCGCAUAGGACGGCCGUUAUGGGGCGCGUUUCUCGAGGCCGGGUAUACGCUCGGGGACAUCAUCUGGAUCGCAAUGGAGAAGCUUGGUUUCGACAAGACGACAGGAAAGCUGAGUGUUUCGGAGGACUCCGAUGCCCGAGACUUGGCCCUACUCUCGACAAGGGUGAACUUCUACGUUGGACAGGCUUCGCUUGCUGAGCGUCUUGUAUCUGGAUUCUUGCGGUAUGUAGUGACUAUUGCAGAGGACCGAGACGGCCUAGUCAGCACGCAGCCUAGAGAGCCGCUGCCGGCGUACGCGGCGUCCAGGAUCCUGCAGAACCUGCGAGCUCUACACAUGGCGAUACGCACAUGGUAUGCAAGCAUUGCCGGCGGCAGCGUGAACCCCGGGGACGUGGGGGAGCAAGUUUCGAUUCUGAUGCUUCUCUUCGCCAUGGACGACAGCUUGCGACCGGCUGAGAACCUUCCAGGUCCCAUUCCGCUGUCGCUCUUCUGGAAGACGCUUUUCGGCAACGACAGCUGGGGCGGACUCGACAAGGCACUCCGGCGAGGUGCUCUGAAGGGUGGCAGGAGGCCUAUUGUCGCGGGCAAGCCCUCAUUCUGCCAGAGAAUUGCCCGGGAAUUGACCUGCUCAUACCCAUUCAGGGCCAGCGACAAGCUGACGGGAUCGACGCGGGAAUACUUCAAGAACUGCUUCAAGGAUGGGCUGGCUGCACUCCCUCUGGAGGCACCGCUUCCCGGAGGAUACAUCGGGCUGGCAAUGUGUCUCCGCUGCGAGCAAGGCAGAGGAGAUUAUCACCUGUCGGACCCAGCAGCCUUCAAGAGGCGUGCUGUCGGCUUUCCUGUCGCGAUAGCUCUCGGCAUCGACGUCUAUGCCCUCCACGGACAAGGCUCUCUGGAGGAGAAUGGGAUUAGAGAAACUUUUUGCCGACUACUGCAGAGGUGGCCGGACCUGUACCCAGAGUCCGAGCUGAAGGUCCCCUAUGUCGAUCGGCUGAUAUAUCCGUUCAACCACUUCGAAUAG